CUUCACUUCCGGAAAUGGAAAAAUCUAAAAAUCUCCUCGAAUUGCCCGAUGGAAUAUUGGAAAAUGUCUUGUCCUACCUAUCGUACGAUAACAUAAGCCAAUGCAGGAUUAUCUGCAAAAAGUUCAAUGCAGUCUGUAAACAGCAACUCAAUCAUGGGUUUGCCAGGGUGGACAAGUUCCAUGCCCAGUGCCAGAAAGACAUCAAAGUAAAGCUACCACGACGUGAGUCUGAGAGAAGAAGUCAUCCACUGUCUCGUCAUGUGGAUAUUCUUGCAGCAAUUGAGACUAGAUUGUCCCUGCUUACAAUGACCUUCUGUAAAUACAUCGACUCAAAUCUUUGCUGUUUUAUUCCAGGCAAGGUUCUUGAUGAAAUAUUCCGCGUGCUAAGAAUGGUCCGCAAAGAGGAUAAUCCCCCCCGGGCACAUGAGCUUCUCCAGGAGCUCCGAGAUAUAUCCUCUAUGGCCAUGGAAUUCUUCGAUGAUAAGAUUGCCCCGGGUCUCAAGCAGCAUCUGUCAACCUACCCCCUGCAUAAUCGUGUUCCUGUGCCUUCAUUUGGGAGCUACAUCAACAGCACUCCUAUAAUGGGCCAGCCCAGUACAUCUGGAGGUAACCAUAGUAACCAGGGAGCAUGUAGUAUGCCAACUCCUAAUAUGAGACAACCAUCGCUCCGUUAUGAACUGAACAUAGCUCAGAAACAGAUAAGAAAUGUAAAUGUUGCCUUUCUCUCAUUCAAAAAGGAGCUCCAAGAUUGUAAAAAUUUGGGGAAUGAACAAAAGAAAAAGAUUCAAGAUCAAGAAAGGCAGAUUACUACAUUGACUCGACAUAAAACAGACAUGAACAAUAAAUUUACGAAACAGGAGUCAAAGGUAAAUGACCUAACGAAAAAAAUCCAGGAGUAUGAUGGGAAAUUUUCAGAUUUAAUUACGGAGAUUACAAAAUUGAAGGAGUUUCAGGCAAAACAUAUGAUUAAUAUCUCCAUUCAACCAAACAUUGAGCUGGAGUCAAAAUCAUCCAUUGAGGGAAGUAAGGAAAAGCUGACACCUGGAAGAGGAAAUACAAGGAAAAGAAAACAAACUGUUGUCAAAGAGGAGGGAAAAGUACCCAUAACAUCACCGAUUGCUAAACGUACAAGGCAAAGGAAGGUCUAAUUAUGAAAAGAAAAUGCUUAAUUAUAACAAAGAUGAAAUGGUUAAAGUGCCCGUAUUGUGGCUAAUGUAGUAGAAUAUUUAUUUGAUUUAAUUUGAUUAUGAAUAGUUGGAUAAUGUAUAUCUCCAGUUUUGUAAAGCAAUAUUGUUGCCAUUUAACUGCAGUAAUUUGUGACAGAGAUUUGAUGAUAUUGGAGAUGUAAAAAUACAGAAGUAGAAUAAAUGAUUAAGAACAUUGAAAUAUGGAUUUAUAUUUUGCAUAACAUUAUCUUGAGUAUUGUUGCAAGUUGAUUAAGUUUAUGGUGGUGAUAAAGUGGCACCCCAUCAGUAAUUGAGAUGUCUUGGCCAUGUGAUUUAAAUGUCAACACAAUCACAAUAUCUACAUAUUCAUGACAUAUUUGGGGAUUCAGGAAUGAUAAUGU